AUGGAGAGGGCGAUCAAAGGGAAUGGACUCACGUCCCAUAUUGACAGAGUAACCGAACCUCCCCCUCGAUCGGACCCAUCCUACCACAAGUGGCAACAACGAGACCACACUGUCUUCAACUGGAUUAUCAAUAACAUUGAAGCCGACCUGGUCAAUGAAGUGUCGCAAUACGCAACGGCGAAUGACCUAUGGGAGGGCCUUGCCGUCACGUAUGGCAGCGGCGCGGACCCUUUCCAGGUCUAUGACCUGCACAGACAAACUGAUGCCAUCAAGCAAGAAGGAAUGUCAUUAGAAGCAUUAUGGCAAAAACUACAAGGAUUGUGGAUCUCGAUUGAUCGACGGGAACCCAAUCCCAUGGAGGGAGAGGUCGCAUCGGCAAUCCAAUAG